UUCCCUAUCCUCCUUCCUAUCGAGCAACCCCACUAGCACUUCCACAAGCCGCGCCUCCUUCCCCUGCUCCUCUCCAUCCUCAGGCAGCCCCGCCUCUCUGCUACCUCUACAUCAACCGCAAAACUCCCAGCCUACCGCCUGCGUCAUUCCCUCUUCCGAACAGCAACAGACCCUAAUCCCCUCCUCCUCCACAGCCGCCUACCCACGGGUCAUCGCAUCGCCCUAGCCCCGUCGACCUCGUCGUUAUUCUGCUCACCACCAUCGUCGUCGCCAGUUCGAUGUCGUUGUCGUCGCCAGUUCAUUUGUCAACCGUCACCACUUGAUAGCCCAGGAAUGUACUAGUUGAGUUGAGGGUUACGCUAAAUGCUGUUGGCAAUCAGCUUGGAGAUUGGAAUCAAGAUCAAGUCAAUCCUUGCACCUGGAAUUCUGUUUCUUGUGAUAAUAACCAAAAUGUAGUUACAUUAACACUUGCUUACAUGGGAUUUACUGGAAAAUUGUCAUCAAGUCUUGGAGAGUUAAAGCAUCUAAAAGUUCUGUCAUUACAGGGUAACUAUAUCUCUGGUAGGAUACCUGAGGAAUAUGGAAACCUUUCAAGUUUGACGAACUUGGAUUUUGAGAAUAACCGCCUAACUGGUCCUAUACCUUCUUCAUUUGGAAAGCUUACUAAUCUUCAGAAAUUGAGUUUAAGUCAUAAUAAUCUCAAUGGAGACAUUCCAGAUUCUUUUUCUCAACUCUCAAACUUAAAUGACAUUAAUCUAGCGUUCAACAAUCUCACUGGUCAAGUACCUGAUCAACUAUUUGAAGUUGUUAAAUACAACUUUACAGGUAACAGAUUGAACUGCGGACCAAACUUUUCUCAUCCUUGUAAUUCUGGUGUUCACAAUGAGCGAGGAUCCCACAGUUCGACGAUUGGAAUUGUGUUGGGGAGUGUUAUUGGAAUUAUUGGUCUUCUUGUCAUAGCAUCUAUUUUUCUUUUCUUCAAGGGCAGGAGAAAAGGUUUUCGGCCUGAAGUUUUUGUUGAUGUUGCGGGUGAAGAUGACCGUCGAAUUGCAUUUGGACAAUUGAAAAGAUUUGCCUGGCGAGAAUUGCAACUUGCAACAGAUGAUUUCAAUGACAAAAAUGUCCUUGGUCAGGGAGGAUUUGGAAAAGUUUAUAAAGGAGUGCUUGGAGAUGGUACUAAAAUUGCUGUAAAACGAUUGAUUGAUUAUGAAAGUCCUGGAGGCGAAUCUGCAUUUUUACGUGAGGUUGAGAUGAUAAGUGUAGCUGUUCACAGAAACCUUUUGCGAUUAAUUGGGUUUUGCACUACACCUACAGAACGGCUUUUAGUUUAUCCGUUUAUGCAGAAUUUAAGUGUUGCUUACCGUUUACGAGAACUCAAGCCUGGGGAGGCAGUGUUAGACUGGUCUUCAAGAAAACAGAUUGCUUUAGGCACAGCUCGUGGUCUCGAAUACCUUCACGAACAUUGCAAUCCCAAGAUCAUUCACCGAGAUGUCAAAGCUGCUAAUGUUUUGCUUGAUGAGGACUUUGAAGCAGUUGUUGGGGAUUUUGGCUUGGCAAAGGUUGUUGAUGUAAGGAGGACUUCUGUGACAACACAAAUCCGUGGAACUAUGGGCCAUAUUGCACCUGAAUAUUUAUCUACUGGAAAAUCAUCUGAGAGGACUGAUGUUUUUGGAUAUGGUGUCACGCUUCUUGAACUUGUCACAGGACAACGUGCAAUAGAUUUCUCGCGCCUGCAGGAUGAAGACGAUGUUUUAUUGCUCGAUCAUGUGAAGAAGCUAGAGCGAAAUAAGAAGCUAGAUUCAGUUGUGGACCGUAACCUAAACGAGAACUACAACGGCCAUGAAGUCGAGAUCAUGAUUCAAGUGGCUCUCCUCUGCACUCAACCGACACCAGAGGACCGGCCAACAAUGUCAGAGGUGGUCAGAAUGCUCGAAGGCGAGGGCCUGGCAGAGCGAUGGGAGGAGUGGCAGCAUGUUGAGGUCAAUCGACGACAGGAUUAUGAGAGGCUUCAGAGGAGAUUUGAUUGGGGUGAUGAUUCAGUUCAUAAUUUAGAUGCUAUAGAGUUGUCUGGUGGAAGAUGAGGAGGAGAUUGAAGAAGCCUCCUUUGUCUUCCUUUUUGUUGUUAGUUUGGUGUGGUGGUGUUAAAGAAAUUGUACAGGUGACUUCGAGCUUUCUGCCUCCACUUGUGAUUCAUUGUUGGUGUAAGAUAGAUACUUGUGAUCCAGGAGGGUCUCUGCCCCCGAAGCCUUCAAUAGAAAUUGACUACUUGAUAUAACUCUAAA